AUGAGGGCAUUUGGGCCGUCUCUUCUCCUACCCAGACACGCAUCGACACCGGCUGGAGCUAACUACCUGCAGCUCCCUGUCAACUGUCCAUUCAGGAGCCGUGUGACCAACUACCAGCGCGAUGGUCCGAUGUGCAUGUUUGACAACCAAGGUGGAGCCCCAAACUACUAUCCCAACAGCUUCAGUGCUCCUGACACCCAGCCUCAGUUUGUGGAGUCCAAGUUCAAGGUGUCUCCAGAUGUGAGCCGUUACAACAGUGCAGAUGAGGACAAUGUCGCACAGGUUCGGACCUUCUACACCGAGGUGUUGAAUGAGGAGGAGCGGGAGAGGCUUUGCAGUAACAUGGCUGGUGCCCUGAAAAGAGCCCAGCUCUUCAUCCAAAAGCGCAUGGUUGAGAACUUGAAGGCUGUCCAUCCAGACUAUGGAAACCGGGUUCAGAAUCUUCUCAACAAGUUCAAUGAUGAGGCCCAGCAGAACACACCCGUGCAUGUCUACAGCCGUCCAGGAGUCUCGGCUGUCGCCGCAUCCUCCAAGAUGUGAUGCCUUAAAUUUCCAGAAGGGGCAGCACCCUCAUGUAUCGCAGAGCAAAUGCACUUCUUGAUUAACAACUGCUACUAA